AUGUGACUGACGUUCAAAAUUUCAAAUCCAAGAUGGCAGACAUGCCGCUUGUACCGUGAUAGUAUGAAAUCGUAGGAGUUUAAGUUUUAGGUGUGUCUUUCUUAUUAUCGAACUAUAAUGUCUCGCGUAAUUUUGACUACAAUCUCGUUCGAAUAUAUCGACAAUGUGAAGCGACGUCCUUACGUUCUGUGCGCUAGAUUUAGGUAACGUUUGUGCCGAAACAUAUGUAAAACGGUGUGAAAAAAAAAAUCAUUUUGUGUUAUUCGGUGUAUCGUAAUACGAUAAGUAUUCUGGUUUGGUGUUGAAUUAAAAUGUGGAAUAUGAUGUGCGACGUAAUGCCUACGAUAGCCGAAGACAGUAUAAGUCAACGGAGUUCGCAGUUUUCCGGGGAGGAUGCGAAUUUCGAGCAACUCAUGGUGUCUAUGUUGGACGAGCGAGACAAGCUGGUAGAGAGUCUGCGAGAGAACCAGGAGCGUCUCGGGGACACGGAGCAGCGCCUCAAGGAGGUGGAGAAGGAGCGCGACUCGCUGCACCGUCAGAUCGCUGCCAACUUGCCUCAGGAAUUCGCGACACUCACAAAGGAGCUCAACCAGGCGCGAGAGCAGCUAUUAGAAAGAGAAGAGGAGAUAUCAGAACUCAAAGCAGAAAGAAACAAUACGAGAUUACUUCUAGAACACUUAGAAUGCCUAGUGUCGAGGCACGAGCGCUCGCUGCGCAUGACGGUGGUGAAGCGGCAGGCGGCAGCGCAGUCCGGCGUCUCCUCGGAGGUGGAAGUGCUGAAGGCGCUCAAGAGCCUCUUCGAACACCACAAAGCUCUCGACGAGAAGGUUCGAGAAAGAUUACGAGUUGCGUUAGAAAGAAAUACAGCUUUAGAAGAAGAAUUAACCUUAACCAAAGAAGAAUUACAACAAUACAAAGCGUCUGGUACGCAAGAAUCAGAAAAGCCGAAGGAGAACGGCGCCGUAUCAACCGGCUCGCCCGAACAGAACGGCGAACAGUUGCAGACUAAGGAACAAAGUAGUGUUAACGGCGAAUCGGAGACCAAGAAACUCACUGAGCUCCAAAACACGAUCGCUAAACAGUCAGCAGAGUUAAGUUCAUGGCAGCGACGCGUUGCGGAACUGAACAACAAAGUGACAGAGCUAGAAGAGAGACUUAACAAAGGAGAAAAGGAACUUGUCAAGAAACAAGAAGAGUGCGCCAAGCUACAGAGAGACCUGAGGGAGAACGUAGCGCAGAAGGAAGAUCAGGAGGAAAGGAUAACAACCCUCGAGAAGAGGUACCUCAACGCGCAGAGGGAGUCCACGUCACUGCACGACCUCAACGAGAAGCUGGAACAGGAGCUGCAGCACAAACAGGCACAACUCAAGCUCCAGGAAGAGAAGAUAGCCGCCAUCGAGGAGAAGCUGGAACUGUCGACGCAGAAGCUGGCGCAGAUGUCCUCGCUGCCGGAGAUGGAGGAACAGCUCAAAGCCAGGAUGGAAGCCCUCAAUCAGGCGCAAGAGCGGCACGGCUCAGCGGAGGACCGCAUCCAGCGGCUGGAGGCGAGCGUGGAGGAGAAGAACGCCGAGCUCAUGCGGCUCAACCAGCGCCUGCGCAUGAACGAGGAGCACAACACCAGGCUGUCGGCCACCGUCGACAAGCUGCUGUCCGAGUCCAACGACAGGUUACAAGUACACCUCAAGGAAAGAAUGCACUCGCUGGACGAGAAGAACGCGCUGACGCAGGAGUUGGAGAAGACGAGGAAGUACGCCGACGAGCUGCUGUCGGAGAAGGCGGAGAUACUGAAGGAGCUGGCCAAGUGGAGAAUGGAAACUGAACAGCUCAAGCGUCAGAUGCUGCAGGCCGAGAUCGCGUUCAACAUCCAGCAGACGGACGCACUGACGCGCUCGCUGUCGCCCGCCGGCCCGCAGCCGCCGCACGCGCCGCACCCGCCGCCCGGCGCGCUCUUCCAACCUAAAGAUACAUUAAUGUUUCAGCUGGACGGUUCGUGGGAGAAGUUGCCGCAGGCGCACGUGCUUGCGAACGUACAACAAGCGUACGACGUCGCCAGCGACGCGGAAAACGACGAGUCGGAGGGCGCGGAGGGCCACACCGACGCGGCGGCGCUGGCGCUGAUGCUGCAGGAGCAACUGGACGCCAUCAACACGGAGAUACGGCUCAUCCAGGAGGAGAAGCAGAGCACCGAGGCGCGCGCCGAGGAGCUGGAGUCCAGAGUGAGUGUUGUGGGCAGCUACGAGCAUAUGAACGUGGUAUCACGACGCGGCGAGUCUCCACCGCCCGCCGCCUCGCCGUCGCGACCCAACCAUCACAAGUACCAUACGGCGCCGGCGUCGAUGUCGCCCGCGCACGCGCACUACCGCGCCGCGCCCGCCUCCGAGAGCCUGCCCUCCAGCCAGCUGCAGCUGUGUGAGGAGCUGCCCGGCGUGGUGGGCGAGGGCGCGGAGUCCCCGGUGGGCGUGGGCGGAGCGCGCGCGCUGCGGCUGGAGCGGGCGGCGCGCGCGCUGCACGCCGAGCGCGACCGCCUGCGCUCGCACUACCCCUCGCCUUACGACUCUUCGAGUCAAGAAUCGCUGGGCGGUGUGGCCAGUAACACGGGCCCCAGCGCGGCGUGGGGCGGCGCCUCCCCGGGCCUGCCUCGGGGGGUUGCGGCCGCGGCUUCGGCCGUGUCUAUUGCCUCCAUGCACCAGCAGAAGAAACGCGGCAUCAAAAGCUCUUUAGGAAGAUUCUUUAGCAAAAAGGAGAAGGCUGGUAUGCCGCUCCAACAAGGUCAAAGUCCAAGGUCUCUGGCGUCAGCAUCGUCCUUAGGUCUCUCGUCACUGGCGGACGAGUCGUCGGACGGCCUCUCGUCACACAUGCCCGCUCCCUUACAGCACCAGGAUUACGCGAGAACUAAGACCAAGGAGCGCGACUACCGGCACGAGCUGCUGGGCGAGGCGAUGCGCGCCGGCACGCCCUUCGCGCUGUGGAACGGGCCCACGGUGGUGGCGUGGCUGGAGCUGUGGGUGGGCAUGCCGGCGUGGUACGUGGCCGCCUGCCGCGCCAACGUCAAGUCGGGCGCCAUCAUGAGCGCGCUCUCCGACCAGGAGAUACAGCGGGAGAUCGGCAUCAGCAACCCGCUGCACCGGCUAAAGCUCCGGCUGGCGAUCCAGGAGAUGGUGUCGCUGACGUCACCGUCCGCGCCGCGCGGCACCGCGUGCGCCGCGCUCGCCUUCGGGGACAUGAACCACGAGUGGAUCGGCAACGUGUGGCUGCCCUCCUUAGGUCUGCCGCAGUACCGGACGACGUUCAUGGAGUGUCUGGUCGACGCGCGCAUGCUGGAGCACCUCACCAAGAGAGACCUGCGCACGCAGCUAAAGAUGGUCGACAGUUUUCACAGAACGUCGCUACAUUUCGGCGUGGCGUGUCUGAAGCGGGUGGGGUACUCGGUGCGCGCGCUGGAGGAGCGGCGCCGCGCGGCCGAGCUGUGCGUGCGCGACGUGCUCGUGUGGACCAACGAGCGGCUGCAGCGGUGGCUCAUCGCCAUCAACCUCAAGGAGUACGCGAACAACCUGUCGGAGAGCGGCGUGCACGGCGCGCUCAUCGCGCUGGACGACAACUUCGACGCCAACAGCAUGGCGCUGGCGCUGCAGAUACCCACGCAGAACACGCAGGCGCGACAAAUCCUCGAAGUGGAGUACAACAACCUGCUAGUAUCGGGCACGGAGCGGACGGCGCGCGCGCCGCACGACCACGCGCCGCCCUCCUGACACCACACCAUUAAUUAGGCGGCCCUAGUCGCGCCAUAACCGUGCCCCUAGCCGCGCCACAGCGUGCCCGAGCCGCGUCACAGCGUGCCCGAGCCGCGACGUAGCGUGCCCGAGUGGCGGCAAAGCGUGCCCGAGGUACGCUGCAGGGUGCCCGAGCCGUGACUUAGCGUUCCUGAGCCGCCGGGCUCCACGCGUUACAGACUAUUAGUAUUAUGUGUUGGACAUUACGUUUUGUAUUAUAGAACUACCAGUUUAUUUAUUGUGUACCGUUCUGAUAUCAGAAGUGCCGUGUAGCGAUGCGAUUCGUAUUGUAGUGCCAAUUGCGUUUGAUGUUAUACUGAAAUCCAUUUUCGAGGCUGUUUUUGAUGCCAUCCGAUGAGUUUUUUUUGACUUAUAACAAUGUUGCAAGCGACUCAUAGAUAUGGAUAGAUACAUUAUUGCAAAUGGCUGCUAGAUGCAUUCUUUAGCAGGAAUGUAAUGUGUCAGUAUUAGAAAAUGGUAAUUAACCUUGAGAAAAUACCCUUUAAAACUCGUUGCUCAAACAUAAUUUGUUGAAUGAGUUUGGUUAACAUAACUUAAAGAGUUACAUAGUCUUAGUACGUCAAUUCCUUAACAUUAACUUACAUGGGUGUAUGUGAUAAUCUUAUCCAAUGUAGUAUUUCGGUAUAAAAAGACUCGGUGCCAAAUUUCGCCAAAAUUGGUUUAGUUAGCAAACAUUAGUUAAGUUAAUAUGUACCACAAAUUGGUUCGUUUUAUUUUUAACUGUAGAUCGUAAUAGACAUUCAUAUAAGUCUGGUAGUUUUUAAGAUCAAGUUGUACAAAGAUACAAAUUUUUCAACUUUAUACACUAGAUUGGUACUGCAGUUUGAAUCGGUUGGUACCUUGAUGUCUGAUCGAUUGAAUAUUUUCUCAUUCAUAGACAAAAGAGUUUUUAAUGCUUGCAUAUAUAUUUUAAUGUAUUUGGUUAAAGACCAAAGUUUUCAACCAGAUUUUUAAAAACAUCAUGGAAUUUAUUUUUUUGUUUUAAAAGUUUUCUAAUCUUUCGACCUGAACGUAACAAACAAUUUCAAUUAAUUUAAAAAAUAUGGACAUUGACGACUCACGUCUUAUGCAAUUGUAAAUAAUUGGUUUUUAUUUAUUUAAAUGUAAUUUAUUUAGAAAAGUGUAUCAACAAAAUAGGAAAAAGUGUACUGCUAAAUAGUUCUCCUAGUGUAUGGGAAUUUUACUAUGGUCUAUGGUCUGAUAGUCUUUUUAUAAUAUGGCAACAUUCUUAGAGCUGCGCAUAUACAAUUAGGACACUGUUUCUCUAUGAUAUUGAAAUCGUAAUUGUGACGUCAUUUGUGAUUUUCCAUAGAAGUGUUUCACUCGUUACCAUGCUGUGAUGUUUAAUUAUGAAGUCCUCAGAUUACUAGAUUAUUGCUUGUGUUAACUUGGAAAGGUAUAAAUUCAAUUAAAGCCAAAGUUGCUUGGUACAAAAUAAUUUUUAAAUAAUAAUUGAAUUCAAAAUUUUAGGAUAGUGUGCUAUUAUAGUCAUCAACACCUUUGACAGAAUCCAUUGGCAGUUCCCAUUAGGUAAUUUCAUUAUUAUUGUACUAUGAAUGUGUUAUGAAUUAAAUCUGAUCAGUUUGACGUCAUUACAGUUAUCAUUUUGAAACCAUAGAAGGCAGUUAUUUUUACGGUCUUUUGUAUUCAAAGACAAUAAAAAGCAUGUUACAAAUGUAAAGAAAUAUUUUUUUCUAGUCAAAUUCAGCGGAUACGUCGAAACUAAGUGUGUUGCUACAUUUUUUUGAAAGGGAAAAUAAAAGUGUUGUUAUUAUUACGAUAAUAAAUAAAAGUCUCAUCUGUGUAUAAUAAUUGAAUAAAAUCGUUGUAGCGUAACGCUUUAUAUUAAUAUAAUAUAAUAAUAAUGUAUUUAAAUAACUAAUGGAAGUGCUCCGAGGGUAGUUUUACAAAAUGUACUUAAACGUGUAUUCCAUGUAUUUAUUAAUUAAUUAUUAUUAAUAAUAUUGAAGAAUUGAAUUGAAAGGCUCUGGGGUGUGUCGUGCUCGUAGUAAUUGUCGUUAGACUGGUUGUCCACUAACGCUGUGCUGGGAUACGUAGCGAUGUAUGUACACUGUACAGUACCCAAACCCAAUUAUGUGCUUGCAAACAGUUUAAAAAUUUAAACUGUUUAACACAAAAAGUUGGUUAUAUUAACCAAAACAAAUUACUCGAUGUAAACAUUUAAUAACUCAUAAAGGAUAUGUCUUAAUUUUGUAUGGAGGCUGGACUUUUAUUCAGAGUUUAAAGUAAGCAGAAUAAAUUAUUUUUAUCUUAAAAGAACAUAAAAUAUAGGGUAUAAAACCUAAAAUAAUUUCUUUUUUGGAACCCGCAUUUUUUUUAACUAAUUAAAUUAAAUGUAAUUUUUUUAGCAUUAGCUGACAACAUUAAUUUAAGAAUUUUUAUCAUGGUAACAUGCUCGUAACUCACACCCUGACAGAUUGUCAGUGAUCUUCUCGUAGCCGCUUUCGUUCAAGACAAGUUUGUAAGGUAAUUUAAAGAUUUUUUUUGUUUCAUACUUCUCUGUCUUACAUGACAUUGACAGCUUACAGCGGAUAUGAAUUAAAUUCCAGUUAUUUUUAUUGGUUGUUUUGAACAAUUUUACUGUAUUGUCUAUGACCUAUGUUUAAUUUGUAGACAAGGGAGCGAAAUAAAAAAUAUUUCUCUAAUUAAUGCGUGUUUCAAAAAUUCUGAAAAAUAUUUUCUAAACAGCAAUUUGUAUCUUCUAUCCGUAUAAAAUACUAUCGACCUGCUUAUAAAUUAUAAAGUCCCAUUUUUUGGACAUGUCCUUUAUCUGACAAGCCUGCCGGUCCUGUAGGAACCAAGUCCGUAGUCUGGACACCAAUUAUGCCAAUAUCCAGAAAGACUGUUUCAUUUCAAGACACAUGUGAUGUUUUAUUUUGACAUUUUAAUCAGCCAAUUUGUGACUCAGGUGUGUUGUAUCUGUAUAUGCAACAGUGAAUAGACGUAAUAUUUUUUUUUAUUAUUUACAAGUUAGCCCUUGACUACAAUCUUACUUGAUGGUUAGUGAUAAUACUGUCUUUUCUAAAAGUUGAAUAAUCAUAACUAGGAUUUUUCUCCAUCAUACCUGAGCUAUACAGAUGAAGAUUAGUCGACUUUAUGUAUAUACUAUAUCUACGCACCUUAUCAACUCAAGUCUUACUCUGGGUUUAUACAGAUUUGUUUUUAAACAUCUACAAUAAAAGGCCAAACUGAAACAUAAAUUAACCCUUCGAUAUUGUGACUUUUAGUAAAAGCAACUCUAUUUCUAAUGGAGUAAGGAUGGUGUUAGUGAAAAGAAUUUGAGCCUGAACGGUGAUUGCUUUGCCUUGUAAUAUUAAUUUUCGUUUUACCUACAAACACUAUAGUAUGUAUACAUUUUAUAAAGUAUUUAUUUGUCAUCGGGCGAUACUUAAAACAUAAAAAUAAAUACACAUCAACCGAGUAUUGCUAAGCUUUUGUAUGAAGAAUAUUAUGAAACACUGCAUUCCAUAUGUACAAUACAGAAGUAAUUGACCAUGAUUAAAGCUGUAGACAAGUACAGUCAAACAUUGUAUUAAUUCUCAACUUGGUCUCGGGUGACGUGUUACGUGUAUUUCUCGAUCAUCAUGCAAUUGUGGCUUGUUUUCUUUUUGAAAAAUUGGGUAAUAAAUUCGACGAACGCCCCACAGUCUUACACUAAUAUCACACUACAGACUUGUCGCUCGACAAUUUAUUUUGCUUUCAACAGGAAGAGUAUUCGUAAUGUCGUCGUCAUCCGGUUAUUUGCAUGUCCAUAAAGCACAAAGCUUCGUCUCGGGAGAGUGUGCUUAUCUACCCUACUACUGUGUGACCCGUCAGUGUUAGAUGUUAAUGGCAUUGGCCGGAACGGACAGCUUAAGGUGCUGAAUGUCAUUUUAUGUGAGCACGUUAUAAUGCAACAUAUGCAAAAUUUUGGAGGUAUACAAAAGUAUGCAGAUAUUUUUCCUUCACCGUUUGAGAUACGUGAUAUUUAAUUUCUUAAAAUACACAACUGAAAAGUUGUGAAGAAUCGGAGGCAGGGGUCAUAUCCACUAGGAUAUCCCGGCUUUAUUAUUAUCGCGAGGAAACCUGCAUACCAGUGAUUUUUUUUUUAAUAUCUCUGUGUGUGUGAAGUCUGCCAAUCUGCAUUGAAUCAGCAUGGUGGACUAUUGGCUUAACCCCUCUCAUUCUGAAAGGAGACUCGAGCUCAGCAGUGAGCCGAAUAUUGGUUGAUAAUGAUGAUGAUACAAAAGUAUACAUAUGGAGGAUAUAUGCCUUGCUGAAUGCUUAGUACCACCCCUAAAAAAGAAAAAACUCCAUUUUAAUACUUGGCUCUACACAGAAAUUGAGAAAUUGACGUUUAUUUUAAUCUCACAUUUAAAUGAAUUGAAGUGUUGUUAGCUUUACAUGUUGACAAAAAGUCGUUAGUGUGAUAUUACACUAAGACGUGAGCACACACUAAACUAGUCUCGUGUACAGUGUUACUGCAUCGUUUGUAAUCUUCUUUUUUUAUCUAUGCUCUACUUCAGUUGGACACAAAACUAAAAUCAACCUAAACUCGUGAUCAUCAAAAAACUAUUGAAAAAUAAGAAUGGCUUUUUUAAAUAAAGGAUUUGACGGGAAUAUGGAUGAAACAUUGCCAAAAAAAAAACACUUACGGGUCGAACUAAUUAAAACCUCUUUAGAGUUUAAAAUUUCACAAAAUAGUUUAGUAUUACUUCUGUGUGCAACCGAAUUAGCAAAUACCGUGUAGCGAUUGGUAGUUGUGCUAUAUUUUGUUAAGCAUUUACAAGAUUGUAGUGCGCCUGUACUGUCCAGUUGGGGAGUGUAACUUGAUUUUAUUAUUUUGAGGGUAGUCUCAACAUUUUUAAAUAUGCGGGUACUCCACUAACAUUUUAUUGUUGACCUAUCUCCAUGUGAGCUAUGAAUUGAUGGAAAACUGACGUGGAAUUGCUUAAAAAAAAUUGCAAUUACUUCAAUGAAUUCAAUAGCAUACAGAUCAGGCUUCGAGAACAUUAAUGACUGAAGUCAUUUGGAAUUAUAAAUAAAAUGUUCUUUUUACCCGACUGACAGAAGUGUUAUUUUAUUUUAAUUGUACAAAUCUUAAAUAAAUAUUGAAUCACACAUGUAUAUAGAUUCAUAAGGACUUUGAAUGGUUAUACUCUCUCACUGGACUUUAAACUCAGUAGCUAAUGGAAUAAAGUAUAUAAUUGUAUAGCUAACCGAUUUUUAAUUUAAACUGAAUCUUUAUUAUUAUUAGCUAAUAACUAUUAUGGUGUAAAUAUGGUUUUCUAUAGCGUUUAUAUCGAGGUAGGUAAGCAAUGUAGCAAUAUAGUAGCUAGGAUGUGUUCAAACGAAAACGUUUAUAUUAAAAGUUAUAUUAUUUUAUAUUAAUUUUAUGCUUAACUAUUUAUUAACUAAAAAUAGGACAUGUGUUAUAUGGAGAAAGAGAUAGAUAUGUUUAUGUAAUAUGGGAGAUGUUGUUGCAUAUCAAUCUACUCCGGGCAGACGUGGUGAAACGGCAGACCAAGCACGUGUUGUAUUAACAACCUUUUGUGUUCUUUUAUUUAUCGUUAAAUUGUCUGUCUCUUUCUCCUUAAAACAUUAUUGUGAUAGGGUAUUUAAGUUUUACUGACUGGCAACACUCGACGAAGCUACAUAUUUCUUUUUCUAACUAGUACCUCAUACACUGGCUGCCCAAAAGUAUUGGUUGGCUCACGCAAAGAGGCUCGGUUGAGCAGCGCUUGUAAGGGCUCAUCCACACUAAUAGACAUGUUGCGAGAUUUUCAAGACCGAUUCAGGCUAUCUACAUAAACAAGUCUAUAUUAUGGUAGUUGAAAAAAAAUAACUAUUGCAGUAGGCCUAGUAUGCGACAAAGACAUAUCUGAUGAGACAUUGAGGAACAAUAGCGGCGGAGUAGUCCCAAUAUCAGCUCUUUCGUGUCAACGCAAUGAAAGAAAGAAUUUUGGUUGACAAUGUCUGUCCUUUGGUUCCCAGAUAUGUUGUGUUACAUAAUCUUGGGCUUAUAGGCAUAUAUUUACCAAAACGGAACGGAAGACCGAAUGCAAGGUUGGACUUUUUACGUAACAUUUUGUCUUGUCUUCAUCAGUUAUCGAUAAGCGUUAUAUUAAAAAAAUAUAUAACUUAGCUAGAAAUUUUUACAACUGAUAAAGAUCACGAUGAGUCAUAUUCCACACAAAGUAUUAGCCUCGGUAGUACCUAGAGCUAGUUAGAAAUUUACAUCUACAAGGCCUUUAGCACGCAUCUCGAUACUGAUGCAAAUGGUCUUAAUUCUCACAACAUGGUCUACUAAUGUAGACUAGGCUUUACUGUCCAACUAUAGGCCAUCCACUUAAUUUUUCGCGGGCGGCAGGCGCUUUUUUAUUUAAUCAUUGACAAACGCGUGUUACUCCCCGCUCUCCUCUUGUUACACUUCUGACCCCCUGCGCUGGAGGACUCGAUUCUCCCGUUUGUCUAUCUGACACCAAUUAGUGUCGACGCUUGUCACCGAUGAAAUGAAUGAAAAAAUUACAUAUUAGUCAAAAAAAAAUACAUAUCUUAUAGCUUGGCAAGUUCGUUAAUGACACUCCCAUGAUAUGCGGGGGGGAAGAACUGCAAGUGUAUAAAGUCGUGCGCGUAGGGCAUCGCUACCCCCCGACCCGCGCGGACCAUCGGGAAUGUUACGAACGAAUUUGCCAAGCUAUAGUUGUGAUCAGCAGUAUCUAUAAUAGUUGGACAGUUAAAAAUCACAAUUAUUAUUAAGUUUUUACUAUCGUGAAGGUUUAGGGUCGCUCCGCACUUUGACCGGGGGUAAAAUGUAUAUAUAUAUAUUUGUGGCAGUAUUUAUAAUAUUAUUAAAUUAGGGCCUGUUCACAUUAUACGAGCGCCGCGCCGUACAAAUUAUUGACACAGUAACAUAAAAUUAUUAUACAAACCUCGCAAGCGAAUAUUGUACUACAGUAUGGCAAAGUAAAAUAGAUUAUUUUUGUUGCCCUAAAAUUGAAGUACUACUAGUACCAAGAUAGCAUGAACUUAAUGAAGUGAAAAACUGAACGAUUGCUAUUUCAUUAACUCAGUAUACAAAUAAAUCUCUUUAUAAUCAACAAUCAUAUUUUAUCAUGUUUGUAAUUUUUGGGUUCAUUUUCAUUUAAAUAUUAUAGUUUGCAUAAGGCCUUAGUCGACUCAGCAGCAAUAAAUUGUGUGAAGCCUUUUCUACUUUCUAUCAAGAAUAAAAUAAAAUCGGUACCAUUUUAACCUAUUGUGGGUUUCUAAUUGGUCAUGUUUGUUUGAGCAAUCAGUUAAAUAAAUAAGUACUAUAAUAUUAUAAAGAGGUUUAUGGGUAAUCUCUAAAUCUACUGAACCGAUUGUUUUUUUUUUAUCAAUAGAGCACCAAGUCAUUUGUAAAUGUCAUGGAUUGUAUUUUGUCCCUGUAUUACAGUUAAAACUACGAGACGAAUGCUAGUAUUAGAUUAUUUAAAAAAAUGUAGCUCUAUGUUAUAUUACAUAUUACCCUGGCGCGUUUACAGAAUAUGUUAGCAGAUUGUCUUUGAAUUAGCACAAGACGUGCAAAUCGUAUUGUAUUAGCGAUUUUAAAACUUAAGAGCAGGUAACAAAUACAUUACCUGCUCGAUAUAAAUUUUCUGAAAUAAAUAAAUAACAAAUUCUCAGGUACAAUAGCUUCCAAUUUUCCAAAUAGAGUUUACAACACAAGCGAUACACAAUACAGAUUAUACAGGGUGUUCGGGAGUAUUUUCCAUAACUUCACACACCUUGUGUUGACGAGUCCACUUAUAGGAGCCUAAUAUUUUUUUUACAUAAAAAUAAAACCAUUUUAUGUUUUCAUACAAAUUAAUUCAAAUAAUUCUGGCUAUCCAUGUAACACACGCCUUCAUCAAUCCUUGCAUUUUGAAAUUUUAUAGUUUGACUACGUCAUAAUUAUAAGGAUGCGUCUAAGAGACACAUUUUAAGAUCUAUUUUCAAAAGAAAUAUUAUUUACUCCGAAAACGUUAAUUUUAGAACACAUGUUCAUUGAACAUUUUUAAUUAAUUGUCGCUAAAGAAUAUAACCCCAGAGUUAUGGGAAAUACUCCCCAGCACCCUGUAUCACAUGGUUUACUAUAUCAAACUAUUUAUAACGUGAAACACGCGAUACAGACUUGUUUCUUUAAAUACCCACUAAAAAAAAUAUCGUUAUUUUUUUUUUGUGUAAAACAACAAUAAUAAUAACUUUUUUUUAAAUUUUAUAUCAAUACUCUUAUCUUUCGUGCUCUACUGGAAAGCCACUGCAUAUGAAACGCAUAUUAUCGUGAAGUGAGAGUUUGUAUGCGCAAUCGAUCGCGUAAAAGUAAACCUUACUUAAUUGAAUUUGCAAUUCCGAAAAAUAUCUAAUAACAUAUUUAGAUUAAAUUUAAAUAAUUAUAGUAAUUUUCGAAGACUAAUUAACAUCAAAAUGUAACACAAUACUUACUGAAAUUAUACACUGGUUUGGAAAGUAAUUAGUUUUUUUAAUUCCUGGACAAGGACAUUUAAAAUUUUCAGACAUGUGCCCUUUUUGGUGCUGUUUCAAUUAUAAUUAAAUUAAAGUUUCUUUACGCGACUCAGAUUCGUUUGAUUUACGCGAUCGUUUAGAUAAAAUCGUAUAGAAACACGCACGCAUCACAUCUCAAUGUAGAACCACCCUGCGGUGUGGAAUAGCGUUCCGUUUAGCUGAUAGCUUUGUACCGGUGCUCCCAUUCGCUCUAAACGUAAUACUGUAUGUAACUUCAUUUUACGAGUAUGUUGUCAAUCUUGUUCUAUAACUGUCACUUUAGAUAUCAUAAAAUGUAUUCCGUGUUUAUAAAUUGUAUACCUAACCUAUGGCAAAAGUUACAUAAUAUCACUUGUUGCAAUUUGUUUACAUCAAUCUCUCGCCAACAAAUGUUGUCAUUGUUCUCGUGAAAUUUUCGGUUUUUGCAUAUCAUAUGUCUAGUUUGUUGUAACUUGCCACGUCAGACAUUUUCACACUGCUGUGCAGAUGUCAAGUUAGAAUAAUCUAGAUACAAUGUAACAUGGCUUUUAAUUUUUUUGUAAGCUGUAACUUUAUAUAAUGGCAGUGUGGUAGCACUUUAUCUAAAACUCCUCAAGUGCCAACCCUGAAAUGAACGAAUGCGAACGCUGGCUCGCGCCGGACGCGAACGUUGGCGAACGUUGGCGUUCAUUGGCUCGCGUCCAGCGUAACAUUAGCAAAACAUUCCACACGUGUAUCCGAGCACUCAAGUCACAGCGGCUCGCGCAACCAAAGAGUUAAAAGUUACCUUCACAUUAAGGAAUUUAUUACUCUAUGAAUCAUUGUCGUAAUAGAAAUUUCCGAAUAUAUAAAAAUAAACACGACCACAGAGCCAAUAAAGAAAUAUUUUUGAACGGUUCCUGUCGACAUAUUGUAUGUAAAAAUCCUAAAGUUAAAUGUAGCUUUAAGCUGUUCGCGCAUCUAUGCGUUUGCACCGACCGCACUGAACUCGAUUGGAUGACGUAGACAUGCAUGUCGCUUGCACCUUAAAUAUAUGGCGCGUACUGAUGACGUCAUUUGAAUUUCUUCAGCGUGUUCGGUGCUUCAUUGCGUGUAUUUGAGUUAUAAUUCUAAACGAUCUUCCGUAUAAUGUAAAAGUCAGAUGUCUCGUGUACAUAAGUUGAUAGCGAUAUAUUCUUGUCAGUGUACAUUUAUAUAAUUGGAAAUUUCUAUAUGAUAUAGAGUGUUUAUGUAUUAUAGAAUCUAGUGAAAAAUUGGCGAAUUGUAUAUAAUUUUUGCAUAUGUGUUAUAUAGUUAGCUUCGUAUAGUGAAGUGAAAAGUAUUUACUUGUUUGUGCCGCCGGCGCUCCUAUGUAUGUCCGGUGACACGCGGCCGGCGGGCAAUUCCAGGCUUUCGUGUAACGGUUAUCGCUUUCGGCCUCGCCUAGAUACCUGUACGCUCACUGUAUCGACCGAUCCAGAAUUAAUAUAUAACGCGUCAUACAAAAAAAUAUUUAUAACAUUUACGUAAAAAUAUUAGACAAAAUAAUGUGUAUUCGUACGUUUUAAAUAUGUGGAUAAUUAUAUUUUGUUUCAUAUUUUAACAUAAUGUUAAAACGGUAUUGUUUUUAGAUGAAAACUGUAUUAAUUAUAUACCUACAAUUUAUAUGUAAGAAUUGGACAAAAUGUUAAUUUGACUACCCUAGAUAAACUGGCGCUCAUUUAAUUUAUUUUUUUUAUAAUUAAGUCGUGUAAAACGUAACCAGUAACUUAGAUCAUUAUGAAACAUAUGUCUAUAAAACAAUAGCUAUAGCUUGGCAAAUUCGUUGAUGACACACCUAUGAUAUGCGGGCGACGGGAGGGGAAUGACUGCGCGGGUGUGAAAUCCUGCGCGCGGGGCAUUGCUUAGCCCCGGCCCCCGCGGACCAUCGGGAGUGUUACGGACGAAUUUGCCAAGCUAUAGAAUCAAUGGCCUUAUAAAAUAAUGAUAGGAAUCGAGGUAAUUUUUUUUAUCUACCUCUUUUGUGUUGCGGUUCGAUAAAGUGGGCGUACACGAGUUGUUACAAGUGUAACACUACACACUGCGCAGCCGUUCGUCGUAUCGUCGGCUGCUGUGUGUGUGUCGUUGGCAGCGAUUAUUUUGACCAAUGUAAUCUGAACGUUUGUAAAAACAUUUAACUGAGCGCGCGACGACGCCAGACGGCAUACGUUAUACAUAAUGGUAAGAGGUAAAUACAAUUUACACGAUACUA